CAGAGCUGACAGGAUGUACAAAGUGAUGAUUCUGGGGUCUCUGCUGGUCCUGGGUUGGACUGGGACCCUGCAGGGGCUCCCAGUACUCUCAGAUCCUCUUUUUCCAACACAGGAGAACUUUGAUCUAACUCAGUUUUUGGGAACAUGGCAUGAUAUUGCUGUGGGAAAAAAAUGUUCCCAUGCGCAUCAGACUCCCAGAGGAGAAGCAGCCAUCGGUAAACUGGAUCUGGCGACAAGUACCACUGAAAACAAACUCAAGAUGACACGAUCUGUACUCAGACAAGGCACAUGUCAUCAGAUGUCUGGAGAUUAUGAGCUGACGUCAACACCAGGACGAUUUUUCUACCAUGUCGCAAAAUGGAAUGCUGAUGUGGAUGCCUAUGUGGUACACACAAACUACAAAGAGUAUGCGAUCAUGAUAAUGAAAAAAACCAGAGGAUUAGGAGACGAGACCACCUCAGUCAAGCUUUACAGUCGUACCAUGGAUGUGAGACCAACUAUUUUAGAGGACUUUAAGACACUGGCCAGACAGCAAGGACUGACUGAUGAAAAUAUCACCAUUAAACAGAACAAAGGUGAUUGUGUUCCUGGAGAGCAGGUGGAAGAACCGCCCACUCAGCCCACACUUCAGAGGGUGAGGAGGUAUGUGGUUCCGACUCUUAAAGGUCCUGCAGAGGAGGUGGAGGGCUCUGGUGACGACACACCUCUGUUCAAUGGAACAGAGGCCUGUAAGGCAACGCCAGACACAGGUCCAUGCUUUGGGACUUUAAGACGCUACUUCUACAACUCCACCUCAAUGAGCUGUGAGGUCUUUAUGUUUGGUGGAUGUCUGGGCAACCAAAACAACUUUGAGAAUGAGAGGGAAUGUCUGCAGAGAUGUCGCACUGAGGCUGUGUGUCGUCUACCCAUGGUGCCCCAGCCCUGCACAGGACAGCCCUCUAUCUGGGCCUUUGACUCCACCAAUGGGCUGUGUGUGCCCUACAAAAAGGGCUACUGCCAGGGCAAUGGCAACAAGUUCUACACCAAGGCUGAAUGUGACGAGUACUGCGGGGUGGUUAAAGAUGAUGAAGAGCUCCUGACAACAAAGUGAGUGAGAAGAGAAAACAUUCCUCUUCGUAAGAACUCAUCGUACACAGACAUACCCUACAGCAUCAAAAGUCAAAAGUCACAUGAUGUAAAAUGAUAUCACAACAAAAAAC